UAGAAGAGAUUGUAGACAAGAUGGAUGAGACAGUAGAUGGUGUAGUAAACAAGAUUAUAGAAGAGAUAGGAGAAAUGGUAAAUAAAGAGGUGGACAAAAAUGUAAAUAAAUUUGUAAUAGAUGAAAUAAUAAAUGAAAUAAUAGUCAAUGAUAUGGCAAAUGAAAUAGAAA